CCCAUUUCAUUUCAUUUCAUCUUAUCUUUUUUUUUUUUUCAAGAGGUUGAAAAAUGAUUUAUGGUGGAAGGAAAGCAUCAAGAUCUCACUCUCAUUUCUCAUCAUUGCUCCACAUUAUGAUUUUAUUUUUCUUUUUAUGCUCAAUGGUUGGAAUGAUCACAGUCUCACAUUGCAGCAUUUGCUCUAGAUAAUGCAAGCCUUAGACUCUCCAACGAUCUUGCAUCUCACAUUUCUUCAUUUCGCGCAUUGUCUGCUCAAUUUUUCACUAUGAAAUUUGGCUCUCAACAAAAUGAUCUGGUCUCGUCCCCCGAUCGAAGUUUAAAUGGAAGUUUCAGAAAGUUUUCAUCUGGUUUUCUUCGAAAUGAUUUAGAGUCUUCUCCAGGGCAGAGCUUAGAUGGAAGUUUCAGAAAAUCCAACUCUGUUCUCUCUACCCAAAGUGUGUCUGGGACUUCAUCUUCAAGCAAGUUUUUUCAAACUUCUAGAAGAAUCCACAAAGUGCUGAAGGACUUUGGAAGGGAAUUCAUAGACCAGGAGUUAUUUAAGCAGGGUCUUCAGGAUUGGAUUUUAGAAAACUAUGGUGUGGAUGAUGUCACUGGGAAGCAGUCCUUUGUAAAUUCCCCAUUUCUGAUUGAUGAACUGCGCAAGCUUGAUCUAGCAUUGGAAGGGGUUUUAUUUCAGCAACUAUUCCGAAUGCCAUGUUCUCCUUUUGCUUCUAAAGGUUUGAAGGAAGAUGGGUAUCUUGCUUUGGAAGACUUUCUUCAUGUUAUUGUUAAUGGUCUGUGGCGUACAUUUUGGCGUAAAAGCGGACCAGUGCAAUUCACUCUGUCUUGUGUCUGUCAUCCUGGAUCUAAGUUGUAUGCUGCCGACAAAGCAAUUUCACGAGGAAAGUUAGAAGAGCUACGUGGCUUAGCUUUAAUAUCUAAAAGUGGGAAUGAUCUAAAAGUUCACUGGAAUCAAGUAGUGGAGUUGGCCUUAUUUAGACAAGAUAUACUCUCAGGAACUGAGUUAACAUUGUCAGUUGACACCAUAUGUGAAGCUCUAUUUUAUAGUGUUCAUAUACUUAUUUCUAGAUGUAUGAGCAAGUCCAGAACAAUAAGCAAUGAUUCUGUUUUUAUUAUGGUUUUUGAUUCUAAAUUUGGUGCAGUGGUAAAACUUGGAGGUGAUCUUUGUAAACUUGAACUGAACACAGCUGAUCCGUAUCAGUCAGUAGUCCACUGGAUAAAAUGCCAUGCUGAAGUCCUUGUUUCAUCAGUCGAGAGAAUAUGGAAUUCGCUUGGAAAUGCAAAUUGGGGAGAUCUGGGGACUCUUCAAGUACUGUUAGCUACUUUCUAUUCAAUCGUCCAGUGGAAUGGACCACCAAGAAAGUCAAUAUCCUCAUUGGCCUCAGCUCAUAGCCUUCGUCUUCAGAAGCGUAGAAUAGAAUGCCACCUAGCUGAGAAUGAAAAUUCCAUCGUACCAUAUCAGCAGGCUGGUUAUCAACAUGGAGAGAUUGUUGAACUGGAUCAUAAUGAUAAUCCCCUGGUAGAAAAGGCAUCACAUUUGAAGCUUAAGCAGGGUGAGAUAUUGCUAUUGGAAGAUCAACAACAGGGCCAGAAAAGUUUCCAGAUACAGGAGUCCUUCAUAGGAGGCAUCUAUUUUCUCUAUGGUGCUAUUUCUUUAGAUUACCCCACGCAGUUUUUAACUUUGUAUGUUGGUGCCCAUCCAUCCAGACUUGAACCUCUUGGGAGGAUAUGAGUCUGUGGUAUCAAGUACAGAGGCAAACGAAGGUACUAAACAUAUUGAAGAAUCAAGGGGUUUCAAGCAAAUACUUACCUGAAAUAAUUGCCUCUGGCCGACUUUUGCAUCCUGGUCCUUGCAAAAAGCAGAGUCCAAGUGGACGAUGUGAUCACCCUUGGUGCGGAACCCCGAUUCUUGUAACAUAUCCAGUUGGGGAACCACUUUCAUAUAUAGUUGCUAGGGAUGGUUCAUUUUCCUCUGAUGAUGCAUUACGCUGCUGCCGGGACUGCCUAGUUGCUCUAAGAAGUGCAGCAACAGCCAAUGUCCAGCAUGGUGAUAUUUCCCCUGAAAACAUAAUCCGUGUUUUCGAUGUUCAAGGUACUAGAAACAAAGUUUUGUACAUCCCAGUUUCAUGGGGCCGUGCGGUUUUGGAAGACAGGGAUAGCCCGGCAAUAAAUUUGCAGUUCUCAUCCUCCCAUGCACUUCAGCAUGGGAAACUCUGUCCUGCAUCCGAUGCUGAGAGCCUAGUGUAC